AUGGGUAGUGGUGGAAGGUUAGUGUUGGCUGCCCUCAUGGCGGUGGCACUCGCCAUCUUGCACCCAUCGGCUGAGGCGGCCUCCCUCCAUGGUGGCGGGCUGUUCGACUCCAUCUUCGCCUUUGGCGACUCAUUCACGGACACAGGCAACAACCCCAUAGUUUUCGGCUGGUACAACGUUUUUGACGUCGUGAUGCGCCCUCCCUACGGCAUGACCUCCUUCGGUGGCCACCCCACUGGCCGCAACUGCAACGGCCGCCUCAUCAUCGACUUCAUCGGUGAUCAAGGCCUAGGCUUGCCUCUCGUGCCACCGUAUCUGUCACACAAGGGGAGCUUCCAGCAGGGCGCGAACUUCGCCGUUGGUGGCGCCACCGCUCUCAACUCCAGCUUCUUCCACAUCGGUGACCCUCCCGGCGCCAGCCCGUUCCCCCUCAACACCAGCCUCGAAGUGCAGCUUGGCUGGUUUGAGGAGCUCAAGCCUUCCUUGUGCCAAACGGACCAAGAGUGCAAGGAUUUCUUCGGCAGAUCGCUCUUCUUCGUGGGUGAAUUUGGGAUCAACGACUACCACUACUCCUUCGGGAAGAAGAGUAUGCAAGAAAUCAGAGCAUUCGUGCCAGAUCUCAUCCAGACCAUCUCCAUGGGUGCCGAGGCAAGACCACUAGACUCAUCCUGCUGCUCAUGUCACUACUGCCAUUUUGAGUCUGCAUACAUGCAUAGAGUGAUCGAGCACGGGGCGAAGACUCUAGUUGUCCCUGGGAUGAUCCCGUCCGGAUGCGCGCCGCCGAUCCUCGUCGCCUUCGAGGACGCCGACGCUUCGGAAUAUGAUGCCACCACCGGUUGUCUCAAGGAGCCUAACGAGAUCGUGAAGCUCCACAACUCUCUGCUGCGAGACGCCGUCCAGAAGCUGCGGGCGGAGCACCCUGAUGUGACCAUCAUCCACACUGACCUGUUCAACCACGUUAUGGAGAUGGUCAAGGCGCCUGAAAAAUUCGGUUUAGAAAAUAGAGCAGUGGUGAACAUUGCGGAAGUUGAUGAGUUCAAUUAUGCGGUGGUUGCAGGGAUUAACAAAGAUGACGUUCUUAGAGUUUGUUGUGGAGGACGUGGGAGGUACCACUACAACCUCUCGGUUGCUUGUGGCGACGAAGCCGCGACGACGUGCGAGGAUCCGUCCACUCAUCUAUUCUGGGACGGUGUCCACCUGACGGAGGCAGCUUACCACUACAUCGCUGAAGAUUGGCUCAACACCAUAGUAAGCAGCCUGCCUACAACAGCUAGCUCUUAA